AGGACUUGACAAAAGGUGCAAGUUUAGGCGGGUCUGAAGACUACCAUUUUGUAAACUCUUAAAGCAGCAAACCUGUUCGAAAUGUGGUGGUUUCAGCAAGGCCUUAGCUUCCUCCCUUCAGCCCUCGUAAUUUGGACUGCUGCUGCUUUCAUCUUUUCAUACAUUACUGCAAUAACACUCCAUCAUGUUGACCCUGCUUUGCCUUAUAUCAGUGACACUGGUACAGUAGCUCCAGAAAAAUGUCUGUUUGGGGCAAUGUUAAAUGUCACCGCAGUUUUAUGUGUUGCUACCAUCUAUGUUCGUUAUAAGCAAGUUCAUGCUCUGACUCCUGAAGAGAAUCGUAUCAUCAGAUUAAACAAGGCUGGCCUUGUACUUGGAUUACUGAGUUGUUUAGGACUUUCUAUUGUGGCAAAUUUCCAGAAAACAACCCUGUUUGCUGCACAUGUAAGUGGAGCUGUGCUCACCUUUGGUCUGGGCUCAUUAUACAUGUUUGUUCAGACUAUCCUUUCCUACCAAAUGCAGCCCAGAAUUCAUGGCAAACAAGUCUUCUGGAUCAGACUACUAGUGGUUGUCUGGUGUGCAGUUAGUGCAUUUAGCAUGCUGACUUGCUCAUCACUUUUGUACAGUGGCAAUUUUGGCACUGAUAUAGUGCAGAAACUCCACUGGAACCCUGAGGAGAAAGGCUAUGUGCUUCACAUGAUCACCACUGCCGCAGAAUGGUCCAUGUCAUUUUCUUUCUUUGGCUUUUUCCUGACUUACAUUCGUGAUUUUCAGAAAAUUUCUUUGCGAGUGGAAGCCAAUUUACAAGGAUUGACUCUCUAUGACGCAGCUCCUUGCCCAGUUAACAAUGAGCGAACACGACUACUUUCUAGAGACUUAUGAUGAAAAGAUAAAAAUCUUUCUGUGAUGAUUAUGAUUCUCAGGGAUUGGGGAAACAUUCACAAAUGCUUCUUACUCUGCUUUGCAUUUUCCAACCAAUUAAUCAAGGCUGACAGCGACAUUUAUGAAUACUGAAAAUCAAGAGAUGUGAAAACAGCCAUUUGUAAUUAUUUUAAAGGCUGUCAUCAGGAGGACCAUUUAAAACAUUUAUGCCUAUGCUUUUUUAUCCAGAAAAUAAAACCAAAGGACUAU